CGUCAUGCGCGUGUUUCCGGUUGAGACCCUCGUCCUCGUUCAGUUGUAAACACAUCGCUCUGGCGGCGGCGACUCUCAUUGCUGAAAAACCUUUUUCUUUUUGCACACCGUGUAUCGCUAAGAAUGAAGAAGUUCUUCGACGACAUUAAGAAGGAUAUAAAAUUCAAGUCAGUAGGGCCAGGAAAGAAGCUCACAGAUGACAGCAGCUCUAAACCUCAGGCCCCGCAGGUUCCUCAUGGAGCGCCCAGAAAAGCUCCCACUGAGGGCGCAGAGAGAGCAGGGGCCGCGGCCCUCGCCAGGAUCGAGCAACAGCACCGGCCAAAGCUGAAAACCUCCCAAGAUGCCAUAAGGAAUCAGGUGAAGCGAGAACUCGAAGCAGAGGCGGCUGCCACAGCUGCCAGCCUGAAGAACACAGAUGUCCAGGGGGCCUGUGUUCCACAAAAGGAUCCAUCUUGUUUCUCAGUGCCGGGUGUUUUCUUCAUCUGUCCUCUCACUGGAAAAACCUUAACAAAGACUGAAAAAGAGAUGCACAUAAAGGAAGCCAUUCUAAUGAGGUUCUCAGAAGAUGCGAUAGAGGCCUCCAUUAUGAUGAUUCACAACUUUAAUAAAGACAAAGAGAAAGUAAAGGCUGCAGUUGACAUCAUUAGCAAGUACAUCGAAAACAUCUGUAAGAAUCCGACUGAGGAGAAGUACAGGAAGAUCAAACUUAGCAACAAAGUGUUUCAGGAGAACGUCAGUGGGAUUGAAGGAUCUCGCGAGUAUCUUCAGGCGUUGGGAUUUGAAAGCACCACAUUGCCGGUGGACGGCGAAGACAGGACUGAGGAGUUCCUGGUGUUACCGGCGCAGGAAUCUGAGGCUCUGGAGCAGAUGAAGGCUCAUGUGGAGCGGCUGCAGAAGGGCGAGCCGGUCAGAGCGAAGCUGGACCGUCAGACGCAGGUCUUCAGACCCUCAAAGCACGCCACACACUUCCAGCUUCCCCCAGACUUCUACAAUCUGACCGCGGAGGAACUGAAAAGAGAACAGCAACAGAAGAGUGAAGUCGUGGAAAGAAAUGCAAUGCUGCGAACUAAAGCCAUGCGUGAGAAAGAAGAGCAGAGGGAGAGAAGAAAGUACAACUACGCACUUCUGAGAGUGCGCUUACCAGAUGAAAAUAUACUCCAGGGCACUUUCCUGGCGUGGGAGAGGGUGGCAGCGUUGUACCAGUUUGUGCGCGAUUCUCUGGUGAACGACUGGCAACAACUUGAUCUGAAUGAACCCAAACUACAAAAACAAAAAUCAAAAAAAGCCCCAGCAGCUCUGCUGACCUUCUCGUGGGACGCUGCAGUGCAGGCAGACAUCGCUGCAGCUGGAGGAAAGACUGCGGUUCUGCUUAAAGCCGCACUGUUAGAGAACAUCAAGACCCUGAGCUGAACAUUUAGCGUCCCCAGUCGCUGCUGCCCCCGCCUGCGCUAUCUCACGAGUUUCUCUCCCAUCAUCCCCCACGGUUUCACAGGAUGGGCCUGAUGCAUCGUGUCCACAGCAUGUGCUAGGUGGAUUUAUAUGGUGCUAAACGCAGGAGUUUUCCUGUCAGUGAUAUUAUGAGGAGUGUUAUUGGCCAAUUUCCAAACAAUCUGUCCUAUUAUAAUGCAUUGUUGCUUGAGGUAAAAUGGCCCGUCAUUAUGUGAUAAGGGAAGAUGCUCAGUUCUAUUGGAAACGGUCUGUGAGAGGAUCUGAUGUAAUGUAAAGCACUUUUUAGCUGCUGCUGAAAGAGAGAAAUCUUGAUGUACCAUGAAAUCCCACUGUGGCAACAGAAGCACUGAUCUAACAUGAGCUCUACCAAGUCCUGUCUUUUGUUGUAUUAAUGUUUUGUCUCCUGCUUAACAUAAAUGAGACUAUGCAUGAAUGUAACAAAGCAACUUAAAUGAGACAAAAAGUUCUGGUCUCCAAAAAUCUACCUCCUAAUGCAGAUAAAUGUGCACUCGUGUCACCAUGUCAGUUAAUUGACUUGUAUAAGUAAGCCCAAAGUAUCCUUCAGUUUUUAUGCAUAAAGCACAUGCAGCAUAAAUUUCAUCCAGAUUUUCCCUCUGAAAUCUAACAAUUUUUUUGCACUAUUUAUUUUGUCCACAAGGUGGCAACACUGACCCGCCCUAUUGGUUCAUAGUUAAAAAGAAACUCUUAACAUCUCUAAAGUAAGCCGUUUUCUGUGAAUGUGCAAUACUUAUGCUUCUUUAGCUUCUGUGUGUAAACUAGAAGCACAACAAUGUGCAGUAAAAGGUAAAACUAUUUGUGCUACAAACAAGUGUGUUUAUAGUUAAUAUUUAAAUAUGAUAAACAUUAGUUUGGAAUAUUAAACAACAUAAUGCUGCUUUUUGUACAGUUAAAAUAACUGGAAGUGAUUGACACCGGAAGCCUCGCAUAUUUUCAAAUGGCCAGGCACGCGCACACUUGCGUUAAAAAUAAGAUGGAUAACUUCUGGAGAGAAAUAGCGCAGACACUAGAUAAGUUUUAAUCUUUCUAGUCUGUGUUUGCACACACUAACAAAUGCUAAUAAAUGAAAUAUACCUUGAAAGGCUACGCGAUGGCAUCAAAGGUCCACCUUAUUUUUAAACGCAAAAACCAUUUACUGUGAAUGUGUGAGACUUCCGCUUCAUUAGCUGCUGUAGGUAAAUAACUUUAAUACAGUGCAGUAAAUUGUAAAAAAAAAAAAAAAA